AUGCAACCUGUUAUUGCCAAUCCAACCGCAGGUGCUACUGUAUCGGACUUAAUCAAUCCUUUCCGUAGCCCAUUUUCGACUGUACCUGCUACGACAAGUCUAAUUGCUGCAUUGAAAAAAUUUACAAGUUACCGUGGAAACGUCCCUAUUUGGAACAAUCCUGUUGGUUUUGGAUAUGAUCUGUUUGUACAAGAGAUGUCGGGUGUUGAUGGUGGUCUUGAUGAUGUAACGUCGGCUGGUUUGCUAUCUCAGCGUCAAUGGGAAUCGCUUUACCGAUUUGUUGCUGUUGAUAUUGGUCGCCGCCUUCCAAGUGAAGAUGGUGCCAGUAAUAGUAUCAUUGUGUCUGGUACAUCCAACUGUAACUACGCCCUUACGAUUUAUUAUAAUGUAUUGCGUGAAGUCGUUGCAACCGUUGAUACGGCUAUGGGCACAGUCUCCCAAUGCCCUGUUCAGAACUAA